AUGGCGACUGAAAACAAGUAUAUCAUUCAGCAAUGUACCGUUGCUGACAGUGAUGAGCUGACCCGCAACAACAUCUCCGCCUUCUGGGCAGAUCCGCACUGGAACCUGGCCUGGCCCGUCGAUCCUGCUACCGGGCGUAUCGUAGGUUUCGCACGUUGGUAUCUCCCCGCCUCCCACUCCACAACUGCCGACGGUACACCCACAUGGCCUGACGCCAUGGUCCCGGCUGUCACUCCCGAGGAAGAAGCUGAAAUCCAGCGUAAUGCCAAAACGGCUCACUGGGACCCGAACGAGGAGUCAGAUGAGCUGCUCAUCCCCAUACGUGAGGCGAAGGACGAAAUACUUGCAAAGAAGUCGUAUAUGCGUUUAGAUUACUUGGCUGUGCAUCCCGACAAUCAAGGUAAGGGAAUCGGUACUGUAUUGGUCGAAAGCGGUAUGAAACAGGCGGAAGAAAUGAAGUUGGACAUAUUCGUGCAUGCCAUGAAAGCCGGAGUUGGUGUUUAUAAGCGGCUUGGAUUUUCUAUCGAGAAGGAAUUCUCCCAAGACGAUACCGAAUAUGGAGGCGAGGGGGAAGUUGACACAGCUCUCAUGAUUUACAGACAGAAGGUUUGA